GGCAGGCAGAUGGGUGUGGAGACAGGUGAGGUGAGCCAGUUGCAUUCUAAGAAGAGAGAUCUCUGACUACAGACAUGGCUAAAUUCCUGUCAGGAACUCAGAUCAACGAGUUCAAGGAAUGUUUCUCCUUGUACGACAAGAAGCGCAAGGGGAAGAUUGAAGCCAAGGACCUGAUCACAGUUAUGCGCUGUCUGGGGACAAGUCCCACCUUCGGUGAGAUCGACCGACACCUGCAGGUCCACAAGAUAGAUAAGAAGGGCGAGCUAGACUUCUCCACCUUCCUGACCAUGAUGCAUCGGCAGAUCCAGCAGGAGGACCCCAAGGCGGAGAUCCUGGAGGCCAUGAGGAUGACGGACAAGCAGAAGAAGGGCUACAUCCUGGCCUCAGAGCUCCGGGCCAAGCUCACCAAGCUGGGAGAGAAGCUAACUGAUAAAGAAGUGGACGAGCUAUUCAGAGAAGCCAACGUGAAGUCUAAUGGCAAGGUGCACUACGAGGAGUUCACCAGGAUGGUGACACUACCAUCAGUGGAUUACUGAGGGACAGGACAGGAGGAGAUGAUGUCCUUUAUGACAGGGAAGCAUGGUCAUGGAAGGGACCUGGUUAUGCAUGCACUGAGCAUUACCCAACCACCUCCAUGCACUGAGCAUUACCCAACCACCUCCAUGCUCUUAAUUUAUUGAUCAUCUAGGUUUGUGUCUAUUGUACUCUACUUUCAUUUAUUCAAGUGCAUUUGAUGAAUUAAAUUGGUGUCUUUUGGGGGGGUUAUUUGAGUAGCUGCUGCAUGUGCAAUAUGUAAUGGACAUUAAAAUCAACUAAACUCC